AUGACGGCCUAUGCGCGUGUGGGCGCCUGUACAGGAUCCAACAAAGGGAUCGGACUUGCCAUUAUCCGCCAGCUCGCACUCCAGUAUCCGCACUCUCAACUGAACAGUGGCCCCUUACUCAUCUACCUGACUGCGCGGAACGAAGAGAAGGGGAAGGCGGCUCUGGAGUCUAUCAAGGCAGACCCCCAACUAGAACAUGCGAAAGCUUUACGAUCUCAUGGAGGGCUUACGGAUGUGAAGUUUCUCCAACUGGACAUCGACAGCAAGCAGAGCAUCGAGGAGUUUGCAGGGAAGAUCACGCAAGAACACCCCGAUGGCAUAGAUUUCUUGAUCAACAACGCCGCCAUCGCGAUGGAUGGAUUCGACGAAAACGUGGUCCGGAAGACUCUGCACUGCAACUAUUAUGGGACGUUGGAUGUCACGCAGAAACUGCUGCCACAUAUCAAGGAUGGCGGCAGACUGGUCAAUGUGGCCAGCACGGCAGGCUCACUGGACUCCAGGUACUCGAGGUCCAUCCGAUCUCGGUUCUUGCAGGCGAAGACACCCGAAGAGAUCACCCAACUCAUGGAAGAGUUCUCGACGGCGGUGUCGAACGGGACUUACCAGAAGAAUUGGCCCGAAUCUGCGUACGGUGUCUCGAAAGCUGGCGUGAUAGGAAUGACAGCGGCGAUGGCGAGGCAGACUGCGCAAAAGGGUAGCAAAGUCCUGAUCAAUAGCUGUUGCCCAGGCUACGUCAACACGGACAUGACCAAAGGAAGGGGAGUGAAGACGCCCGACCAAGGAGCGCAGACGCCCGUCUUGUUGGCCAUUGGAGACAUUAAAGGUGCCAAUGGGCAAUUCUGGUCGGAAAAGAGGGUCAUCAGUUGGGAGUGA